AUGGCAGAGCUUAAAGAGUUAAAUCUGUACGAUGAAGAGAAUGAGAAAUCAUACUCAUUCUUUGUUACUGAGGAAGAGUGGUCAAGAGCACAUUCAGAUCCAAAUUACGGUCUACAUUUGCUUCAUCAGUACAUGAAUAAAGGACCCAUAAUAGCAGAUGGGGAGAUGAGUCCAAUUGAUGCAUCAUGUGCACCAGUCGAUGAUUCCAGUCACCAGGAAAUUAUUAUACCAAUAUCUCAGGAUCCAACUCCUCAUAUUUGGACUAAGGAUGAUACUAUUUUAUGGAUUGAUUGUUACGCCAAAGAAGGGGUGCAUCUCUUGACGCAAAAAAAAGAAAUUUCAGCUGCUCUCAAACGUGCAUCCACUAAAUUCAACGAAAUUUUAUUUGAAAAAAAAGGUAUUAAUAUACCGCACCAAAAGUGCUUAUCAAAAAUGGAUUUAUUGAAGCGUGUGUACAAAGAAAAAUUGGAUUUAAAAAACAGAUCCGGAGGAGCAGCAGAUAAGUGGCCUUUUUUUGACUUGAUGCAUGCUCUAUUUCAUAAGGAAGUUUGGGUAAAGUCCUUAUCAGUUGCAGGAAAUGGCAUUCCACAUAACAAUGAGAAUCAAAUACAGCAGCCACAGCCAGAGCUACAUCUGCAGCAGAAGCAACAACACAAAGCGAUAAAGGUUGACACAUUAGGUUCAACAAAUGCAAAUGCUUUAACUCAAACUAAAAAUAUUGAUGAAAUAAAAACAGAAAGCACUAAUGCUGCACCUAUUCCAUGUGCUUCAACUCCUCGCAAAAUAAAGUUCGAAGCUAACCUUUCUAAUAGUACAAAGAAAAUUCGACUGAAUGAAACUGAGAAUGUAAAACAAGAAAUAUUAAUUUCACUACGCGACCGAUUUCUAACCAAAGAACAGUCUCAACUUGUGGAAGCACCAUUGCAAAUAAAAGUAAGCAGCCCAGAGAACUCCUAUCAUCAAUUUCCGCACCCGGAAAAGAAUCCUGACCAUUUUAAAGCUUGGGUUGAUAUAGCUGGUGGGAAGUUAGAUAGUCCUGCUGAUUAUGAACUGUAUAGGAAGAAGGUCAUCUGUGAUAUCCAUUUUACUGACAAGGAUAGGAACCGUAAUAACCGGUUGAAUUUUCUAGCUGUGCCAUCACUUCAUCUUCCUGGCAAGUCUGAUGAAGUUGGGAGUUUAGAGAAAGUUUUACUUGUACCUGAACCUGUGAAUGAAGAAAGCAGCCUUGCUAUAUUAAAACUGACACCGACAGAUAACUCUGCCAGUAUUACUUCAGAACACAAUUAUUUCCUACAUCAGAAGAAGGCAAUACAUAAAAACAAUAUAACAUUAAGUGAAGCAAUGAAGAUCGGAUUCAUCGGCGGCGGCAAAUUGGCUUUCGCUUUGGCUAAUGGAUUUAUUACCGCAGGUCUUGCAAAAGCAGAUGAAAUAACGGCUAGCUGUCAUCCGUCCGAUGUAACAAGUGCUAAAGCUUUCAAGAGCAUAGGAGCCACAGCUGUGUUCAAAAACAAAUCGGUCGUAGAACGUUCCGAAGUUGUAAUUGUUUCGGUGAAACCCGAUGUGGUGGUGUCGGCACUUCGGGAAGUUAAGGAUUUGCCAGCCUCCAAGAAUAAACUUUUCAUAUCUGUGGCAAUGGGAAUCUCAACCGCAACUGUUGAAAAGAACCUACCAUCAGAAGCUCGUGUCAUUCGGGUAAUGCCAAACACACCAGCUCUUGUCAAAGAAGGCGCUGCGGCUCUCAGCCGAGGAUCAAGAGCGACAGAUGAAGAUGCUAAGCUUACCACUGAGUUGUUCAGUGCAGUUGGUACCUGUGAUGAAGUACCAGAGUACCAGAUGGACGCUAUCACAGCUCUAAGUGGAAGUGGUCCAGCUUAUGUGUACAUGCUCAUAGAAUCUUUAGCAGACGGUGGGGUCCGAUGCGGUCUACCUCGCGACUUGGCUCUGAGGCUUGCUGCGCAGACGACCCUGGGAGCAGCGGCCAUGCUUCGCAAUGGAGGUCACCCGGCCGCUUUGAAGGAUAAUGUCACAAGUCCUGGAGGAUCCACCGCCGAGGGAACUUAUCACCUUGAAAAGAAUGGUUUUCGCUCCGCUAUAAUAGGUGCGGUUACGGCGGCUAGGGACAGAUGUAAGGUGGUCAACCAACAACUUAAUAAUUAA